CGUCCUCCGCGGCCUCCGCUUCCCUGGCGAAGCCGCAGGCGCCCACGAGGGCACAGGCCGGGGGCACCCGGCGGCUGGCCUGGCAGGAGUAGGACGCCGGGAGGAGCUGGGCGCGCACGGUUACCGAGCGUGGAGGAGACACUGCCCUGCGGCGAUGGGUGCCAGGGGCGCUCCUUCACGCCGGAGGCUGGCGGGGCGGCGGCUGCGAUACCUGCCCACCGGGAGCUUUCCCUUUCUCCUCCUCCUGCUGCUGCUCUGCAUCCAGCUCGGGGGAGGACAGAAGAAAAAAGAGAAUCUUUUAGCUGAAAAAGUAGAACAGCUGAUGGAAUGGAGUUCCAGGCGCUCAAUCUUCCGAAUGAAUGGCGAUAAAUUCCGAAAAUUUAUAAAGGCACCACCUCGAAACUAUUCUAUGAUUGUUAUGUUCACUGCUCUUCAGCCUCAACGGCAGUGUUCUGUGUGCAGGCAAGCUAAUGAAGAAUAUCAAAUACUGGCUAACUCCUGGCGCUAUUCGUCUGCUUUCUGUAACAAACUCUUCUUCAGUAUGGUGGACUAUGAUGAGGGGACAGAUGUUUUUCAACAGCUCAACAUGAACUCUGCUCCCACGUUCAUGCAUUUUCCUCCAAAAGGGAGACCCAAGAGAGCUGAUACUUUUGACCUUCAAAGAAUUGGAUUUGCAGCUGAACAACUAGCAAAGUGGAUUGCUGACAGAACGGAUGUUCAUAUUCGAGUCUUUAGACCACCCAACUACUCCGGCACCAUUGCUUUGGCCCUGUUAGUGUCACUUGUUGGCGGUUUGCUCUAUUUAAGAAGAAACAACUUGGAAUUCAUCUAUAACAAGACUGGUUGGGCCAUGGUGUCUCUGUGUAUAGUCUUUGCUAUGACUUCUGGCCAGAUGUGGAAUCAUAUCCGUGGACCUCCGUAUGCUCAUAAGAACCCACACAAUGGACAAGUGAGCUACAUUCAUGGAAGCAGCCAGGCUCAGUUCGUGGCAGAGUCACACAUUAUUCUGGUACUAAAUGCUGCUAUCACCAUGGGGAUGGUUCUUCUAAAUGAAGCAGCAACAUCCAAAGGAGAUGUUGGAAAAAGACGGAUAAUUUGCCUAGUGGGAUUAGGCCUGGUGGUCUUCUUCUUCAGUUUUCUACUUUCAAUAUUUCGUUCCAAAUACCAUGGCUAUCCUUACAGAAAUUUUAAUCAGCUCUCUUGUGAAUGAUCAUGGUAAUAAGCAGAUGAUACACAUCACAAGAGCAAGUUUUGCUAAAAGGACUGCAGAGAUUACAUGCCAAAGAUUUGGACAAAUCCUGAGCUAAAUCCUAAAAACCUGACAGUCCAGGGGAAAAAUAUCUAUUUGUACAACUAGUUCACUGGAGGAAAAAAUAAAGGUGAUAGCAGAAGCAAGAGUGACAGAGGUAAUAAAUGAAAGAAUGAGAGAGAAAUAAUCCUAAGAACAGUAGAAAUGUAAGAUGUUGAUAAGGAAGUAAAAGAAAUUUCCUCCCACUGAAUUGUUGUGUGUGAGAAGCUUGGUCAGUUAUGAACAUAACAUAGCACCACGUUCUCAAACGGCUUCCAGUCCCAGAAGGGUGUGUCUGUGGCACAAGCAUUGUAGUACUUGAUUUAAAAGAAAAAAAAAUCAACUUGCUCUUCUCCACAAAAGCAGUUUGUAAGGAACGAGAGAAUGAGAUAUAGGACACCAUCAUCAGAGGAAAAGGAAAACAUGCGCAACAUUCCCGAAGGCAUGUGCUGGUCUGAGAACUUACGGAAAGACAUUCGUGGCUAUCCAUCUUCACGAAGAGUGAGGCCCUGUGUUUAACCCUGAGGACCAAGGGCUAACUUAAUGUACUCAUUUGUGGCAGACAUACACUGAAGUGGGCUUGCGAAAGAAUAGAAGAAUGAGUUCUCAUCCAAGACCAGAUCCUUGACUUUGAGAUGAACUGCAAGGACAAGUACACUUUUUUCCUUUAAAACGAAUGAAAAAAACUGCCUACCGCAGAUAAUACCUGUCCCGUGGAUAAAACUGUUAAGCUCUCCCUUCGUGAAAAAGCACAUUUGAACAUAACAGCAUACACUAAUUUAAAAAUCACCUUUAGCCAGGGACAUCAGUUCUAGCUCUCCCUUUUAAUUACAAUGUCUGAGAAUUAUAACUUUUGUAUCCAAAAAAUACCACUGAUAGUUUAGAGGUAAUUCUGAACACAGUUCUGAAUUUUUAUUAGUUCCUCAUAAUUUUGAAUUCUGUUUAAUCUACAGUCUUUCAUUUCUUCUGUAUGUAGUCAUCUUUACGUGUUUUAUUUCUGUUUUGACUUCGAUCUUAAACGUCACAAAAUCUUAAACCCUUACACCCUUCGUGAUAUUUUCUCAGUACUUCACGCUGUUAUUUUUGUUGAUCUUUCUAACUUUUGAAGGGGAGAGGAUCUGCAUGAAAUAUUUAUCCUGUUUCCUUCAAUCUGUCCCACAUUUUAGUCUUAGGGGUUUUUUUUGUUGUUGUUUUUCUACAGUAUCAGUAGGUUUCACACCAUCACUAACUCUCCUAGGUUCUCUGUUAGGUUUCAGUAAGCAAACUUCCUGGAUUUAAAUUCCUGAUCUGUUACUGGAUGUGUGACCUUGGACAAGUUACUGGACUCUUCUGAACACUGGUUUUCUCAUUUGUAAAUGGAAAAAAAAUGUACAUGCUUCAUAAGACUCUUGUCAGGAUUACAUGAGAGAAUGCAUGUAGAUUACUUAACACAUUACCGAAUACAUGGUAAAUUCCACAUAGUAUUAAUUACUCAAUAACUGUAAGUUGCUAAUUAUCAGUAUUAAUUAUUCAAUAACUAAGUUGCUAAUUAUCAUCAUUAAUUCAGAUGUAAAUAUUUCAAACUCAUUUGUAUUUAAUCUCCUUUCCUAAGCAGGAUUUUCUUUACACUGAAGAUUAAGUAACUGUUUUAUAUUUGCAUGAUUCAGUUGAGUGAAGAACAGAUUUUCCCUGAACCUUUUGAUGAACUUAAUUGGACUCCUGAGUCCCUUGAAACUACCAGUGAAAUAUCAAGAUUAUUAAGAAUUUGGUCUAAUUACCAUCUGAGCCAUGGUUCAGAAAGGAAAUUUUAUUCCAGAAGUAGCAGUGAAUUCCUUUUGUAUAUUAAAUAAAGAUUAACUUUAGGCUUGUCCCAUCUUCAAAGAAAAGCAAAGAGCUAGUAGUGAUACACGAUAGUCUUCAGUAAUGGGUAAUUUCCCAUUAUUUUUCAGGGACACACUUUGACCUACAAAAAAUCAAAAAAUUUCCAUAAAAGUACUUAUGACCCAUGUCUCUCGUUUGGUAAAAAACUAAAAUGAACCAUUCUCUGUUAAUUACCACUUUGCUUCCUGUUUAUAAAACUCUUUAGAGAGAGAGAGUGGCAGAAUGGACAGAUAAUAUUUACAGUCAGAAGAGUGGAGUUCAAGUUUAAUGUAUAUUAUAGUGAUUGAGAACCCUAACUCUGCAGUCACACAGAUCGGAGUUUGAAUCUUAGACCCUCUCUUCACUAACUUUGAGACUUGGAGUUAGUCACUUAAGUUCUUGGUCUUAUUUUUCUUCAUUUCUAAAAUAGUGUUUUAGUUUCUUUAUGGGGUUUGGAGACAGGCUCAGUUGUUAGGUUUGUGUCACGUUAACGUUAAUGCUGUAUCGUUUGCCAAGAUACUUAACUCUGCUGAGCUUCUUUCUUCAUUGGUAAACUUGGUAGAACACCUGUCUCAGAAUGUUGUGGGGAAAAAUUAUAUAAUUCAUACAGCCUGAAAUGUAGGCUUCUCAAUAAAUAUUGCUUCGCCUACGUCUUACCUUUACAAUAACUUCAGCAUUUUACCUCAUUACAUUUGUGUUCAGCAUUUUACUUCAUUACAUUUUUCACUAAGUAUUCAUACAGAACUCUUUUGUGUAUUCAAGUCAUUUUCAUUCUGUAAUACUGUAUGGUAUUAUAGAGAGAAGUCCUUGAAAAUACCUUUUUUUGUAUCUCCAAAGUGCUGUGCACAUAGUAGGUGCUCUUCAUAUUAGUUGAACGUUGAACUCAAAAACAUUUUUUAUUUAUUCAUCAUCUAAAUGCAAUAGGAACCGUUAAGAUA